AUGCCUGUAGAAGCCUGCAGCGGGCUUUGGCGCUCGGAGGAUAUGGUCGUCCUUUCCCUUCAGAUGCAGCGCGAGGUGGCCCAUGACGCCAUCCUCAAGCUUGGUGAGAUCGGCAUGUUUCAAUUUCACGACCUGAACGAGGGCUUUAGCCCCUUCCAGAGGGACUUUGUGCAGGAGGUGCGCCACUGCGAUGACAUGGAGCGCAAGAUACGCUUUCUCCGGGAUGAGAUUGAUAAGUCUGGCGUGAUGGGCGUUCCUCAGGACGGUGCCAGGGGUGAAACCAUGUUUUCCCUCGAGCAAAAGGUAGAAGAAGUUUAUAAUGAAGUUGUUGAGUUCAAAAAACAGUAUCAGGCCCUCAUUGUAGAGUACAACUACACAAGAGAACACCUCGAAAUCAUCAAUCACGAAUUCAGCAGGGUGACCGGUGAUAGUCUUAAGGUGCUCACUGGUGUUGUACCCAAGGACCGUCUUAGCACUUUCGAACGGAUGAUUCACUGGGUGACUCGUGGAAACUCCAUCUUGUGUACAGAUGACAUCGAGGUUCCUUUUUAUAAUGUGAACGCCAACGAGCCGGUAUACAAAGCCAUAUUUGUUAUUUACUUUUCCGCCGCCCGGCUGCGCGAUAAGUUGGUCAAGUUAUGCGAAGUAAACGGUGCCACGCUUUACCCCCACGCCGAAACAGAAGAGAGGAUGCAGCAGAUGCGGGGCAGCCUGCUGCAGCAGUUCGAGACGGUGACGGCGACGCUGCGGCAGUCCUCGCAGCGGCAGCGGCAGGUCCUCCUGAGCAUCGCGUCGUCCUGCCACGAGUGGCAUCGCACGGUGGUGACCGAGCGGGCGGUGUUUUCGACGAUGAACCUAAUCAAAUUCACCGGAUCGACGGCGGUCGCGCGCGGGUGGGCGCCGGCGCGUGCGCUCGACGACAUCCGCGCCGCCCUCGUUGAGGCGGAUCACCUCAGCGGUGCGCAGGUCGCCACGGUGAUUGAGCGAGUCGCCAGCAAGGAGAAGCCACCGACUUACUUCCGCACGAAUAAGGUUACCGCAUCUUUUCAGAGCAUCGUGGACAGCUACGGCAUCGCGCAGUACAAGGAGGUCAACCCGGGUGUGUUUACCAUCAUCACUUUCCCGUACCUCUUUGGCAUCAUGUUUGGGGAUAUCGGCCAUGGUCUCAUUCUUACCCUCGCAGCCGGAUAUUUGGUGAUCAAGGAGAAGAGUUUUGAGGGGAGGCAACUCAAUGAGAUCUUUGGAAUGAUCUUUGGUGGCCGCUACUUACUGCUGUUCAUGGGACUCUUUGCAGUCUACAUGGGGAUUCUGUACAAUGAGAUGUUUGGGUUUUCAGUAGAGAUUUUCGCCUCCAGCUACCGCUGGCCGGAGCUGCCACCGGAGGGGAAGGGCAACGUGAUCUACCCAUCCUACCCCGACGGCCGUCCGAGUGUAAAACCCGACUCGCCAGUUAUCUUUGGCGUCGACUCCGCCUGGGAGGGAACUGAGAACAAGCUCGAAUUCUACAAUUCUAUUAAGAUGAAGUGCUCUGUGAUCGUUGGUGUGGUUCAAAUGAUCGCGGGUGUCGUGUUAUCCUUGUUUAACUACCGCUACUUCAACAACACUAUCAAGUUGAGGUACCGCUUUAUACCUGAGAUUGUUUUUCUAUCCUGCACAUUCGGCUACAUGUGCUUGCUCAUCAUCAUCAAGUGGUUGACCACAUGGGAAAACACCAACGACGCGCCCUCGCUGCUGGAGACGAUGACAGAUUUCUUCCUAUCCCCCGGCACCGUGCGGCUGCCUUUGUUCACCGGGCAGGCCGUUCUGCAGGUUGUGCUGUUGGUGGUGGCGGCGGUGUGUGUGCCGUGCUUGCUAUGCAUCGAGCCUUACAUGGAAAAGAAGAAGUACAGUGACAAUAUGCGGUAUCGCUCAUUGCACCGUUCCUUCGACGACGAAAUGGAAGAGGUUGAGGAGGAAUUUCAGUUAGGGGAGGUGAUAAUACACCAAAUUAUCCAUACCAUAGAGUACGUUCUAGGGUGCGUCUCCAACACGGCGUCGUACCUGCGCCUGUGGGCACUUUCCCUCGCGCAUUCUCAACUUUCUGAAGUGUUCUGGAACUUUUCUUUCCUUUUGGCCGUCGACUUAGAUGGUGGUUCUGGAGUCGUAAUCUUCUUUGGCUUCGCGGUGUGGAUGGCAGCUACCCUUGGAGUGCUAUUGGGAAUGGAGUCACUGUCUGCUUUCUUACACGCAUUGCGUCUCCACUGGGUGGAGUUCAACAAUAAGUUUUAUGCCGCGGAUGGCUAUCCGUUUGAACCUUUUGAUCUCGCAGAGAUUUUGACGGUUAUUCGUUGA